AUGUUAAUAAUCAAGAGUAUUAUGAUUGUUUCUAUUUAUACAUGGAUACUCGAACAAGAGAUGCUGUAUUACGUCAAAACAAACGGUAAUUGUAAUGUUUGCUUGAGUGUACGUAUGACUAUUACUUUGUUUUCUAUUCGUAGUAAAUCAGUUUGGCAGCUUGUACCCUAUUGUAUUCGACCAGAUGAAAAAAGUGUCGAAAACAAUAGUAAUCAAUUUGAAUCAUGUCAGGAUGAGAACAUGCAAUAUUCAUUUAAUGAUUUACAACUGCUAAAUGUGACUGGCAAAGAUUUGCUCAACUGGUAUUCGCCUAUUGAUACUAUUGAUAAAUAUGAAAAAUUUUUGAUCGAUGGGAUUUACUCUUUCAAUGAUAGUUACUAUUGUAAUUGCUCAAAUAGGAAAACGUUUGGCAAACACUGCGAGUAUUUUAUCUCGACGCGCACAGAUUCAUAUCAUCAACGUUUUAUUCAAAUUGUUAAUGAACGAUUUAGAUUGAAAGAUGAUCAUUCACCGGAUAGUAUUGAUAUAUUAACAUGUUUGACAAAUCGUCAGUGUCAUGGUAGUACUAUAUGUUUGGAUUGGCGGCAAAUAUGUAAUGGAAUUCUAGAUUGUCUUGAUUCAUCCGAUGAAGAACAUUGCUGGAAGCUUGAGAUGAAUAACUGUGAUAAAGAAACACAGUAUCGUUGCCGUAACGGUAUGUGUGUGCCAAAAAGUUUUGCGUUCGAUUUUGUUCAUGAUUGUCAAGAUAACAGCGAUGAUCAGUUGUUUCAUAAGAACAUGGCUACUAUCAAUAUUGACUUUGACGAGUGUUCAUCGAAUCCGUCAGUUGCAUGCGAAGAGUAUAAUUGUGGUUAUUUAACUUUUUCGUGCGGUGAUGGACAGUGUACUAAAAGUCCAAUGUAUCCAUGUGAGGGUAGCCAGCGUCAGUUAGAAUAUUGGAAGAAAACGUUUCAAAUUCAAGAGCGUAAUGAGAUAUCAUUGUUAUGUUGGAAAUAUAUGAUAUGUGCUGUCGGGUUAAGCGAUCUAUUUGACAACGUUAAAUGUGAAAGACUCUAUGGUUCGGAUGAAUCGUAUUCUGACGCUUGUUUUUAUCCCAUUGAUCUUGGUUGCCAAUUUUUGCGUGGUACAUAUGCGCCAAUGAUAUCAUUUACAUUUCAAGAAAUAUGUAACGGCCUAACUAGUGCACAUUUUUUAAUUGAUAAUGAAACAGAUGAAUCAAAUUGCAUUGAAUGGCCUUGUAGUACGCGCUACACAUCGUGCAAUGGUUUCUGGAAUUGCGAAAAUGGUAUCGAUGAACUGUACAAUUGUGUGGAUCCAGAAUCAUCAAUUCUCGCGUUUAAUAAUAACAAGUGUAAUGGAACAAAACAUUAUUGUAUUCUAUUCGAACAAAAUAUGUGGAUAUUUAAUUGUCUGUCAGUUGAAAGAGCAGGCGAUGGACACGGUGAUUGUGUCGGUUCAGUUGAUGAACGGCUGGGUCAUUGUGCAAAAACCUAUCCGAUGGAAGUGGGAAGACGGUUUCGUUGUCAGAACAGCUCCAUUUGCAUUCGUCCCGAGGAUGUUUGCAACGGAUAUCAGGAUUGUCCGCUCGACGAUGACGAAUUCAUUUGUCCCUGGCGACUUUAUGCUAAUUGUGCUGUUGGCGAGUUCAGCUGCAUGAAUGGUGAACUAUGUGUUGAUGAGCUUGAACGUUGUGAUGAUGUCAUUAAUUGUGAGCCAAGUGGCGAAGACGAAUGGUUUUGCGACAUUGAAUCAAGGACGAUAUACAAAUCUUUUCUGUUCGAUCUAUAUAAUGAAUAUCAACUAAGUCGGAAAACGACACAUUUUCGAACUCGCAGUUAUCCCACAGAAAAAGUAAAUAUUUCAAUGUUUGCCUUUUUCUGCAAUCGUGGUAUACUCAUUGAAACUUCUGAUCGAACAGCUGUGAAAUCUUUGUGUCCACCAAGCUAUUAG